GUGAACCGGGGUUAGCAAGUUGUCUGGAACAGUUUGAUGGUGUCACUUUGUAAAUAUAUGGUUUCUCGCCGCUUUACCACUGCGGUACAGCUGUCAGCAGAAAUAAUGCAACAAAGGACUUAUGAAGAUGCUGUGAAGAAACUGAACUCUCUUCAAACGAAUGCUCAAGUCCUGGAGCAAAUCCGAAAAACACGGGGACGGCUUGCACAGAAUAAUUUACCGGAGAUGAGAAGCUUCACUGAACGAGCUGGGGUCAAAAUGGAGGAUCUAGAUAAGCUGUCUAUUAUUCAUAUUAGUGGAACAAAAGGAAAGGGCUCAUCUUGCGCAUUUUGUGAAAGCAUUCUACGUCAUGAGGGUCUUAAAACAGGAUUCUAUAGUUUUAUUGUGCUACAGGAGGAAGGGAAAAACUCCAUGCCAGCAUACUUCAGAUUUUUGACAUUGCUGUCUUUUCAUGUCUUCCUCAAAGAAAAGGUUGAUGUGGUAGUUCUUGAGGUUGGCAUUGGAGGUGCUUACGACUCUACAAACAUUGUCAGAAAUCCUGUUGCUUGUGGAGUGACCUCUCUUGGCAUGGACCAUGUAACCACAUUGGGUGGAACCAUAGAAAGUAUUGCUUGGCAGAAGGCUGGGAUAUUUAAGCCAGGAGUACCUGCUUUUACUGUCCCACAACCAGAAACAGCCCUGGAAGUUGUUGCUGAUAGAGCAAAAGAAAUAAGGGCUCCUCUUUUUGUCAUUCCUCCCUUAGAUGACUAUCCAGGAAGCCUACCAGAUCUUGGUCUGGAAGGAGAUCACCAGCUAUUGAAUGCAUCCCUUGCUCUACAGCUUUGUCAAACAUGGAUUUCAAGAAGAUACAAGAAGGCUGACAAUUGUGAAGUGGAAAAUGGAACAAGCAUUAAAAGAGCAUCUACAGAAGAAAAGUCAUCAGAUGAACCCUUCAGUAAAAAGGCUAAAGUUGAAGUUCCUGUUGCACAAAUAUUUGAAAUCUCCAAUACUUUUAGAAGUGGUUUGAAAAAUACCAGAUGGUGUGGACGAAACCAGGUUAUUGUUAGACCAGCAGUUACUUUCUAUUUGGAUGGUGCUCACACACCAAGGAGUAUGGAGGCUUGUGCCAGGUGGUUCAAAAAGAGGGCAGAUGAGGAAAAAGUAAAAGAAAAAGAAAGAGGGACUGUUGCACGAGUGUUGCUAUUCAACUUGACUGGUGGGCGUGAUGCCCAUGGUCUUCUUAAACCAGUUAUGAAAUGUGAUUUUGAUCAUGCAAUUUUCUGCCCCAAUAACAUCAGUCUGAAUUUGAAAAGCAGUGAUUCAGAUCUGACAAACUUUACUGUAAGUCGCGAUAACCAGUUGCGAUGGUGUGUGGAGAACCAACGUGUCUGGAUGGCUCUGAGAGGUGCAGGCUUCCAACCUCAUGCAGACCCAACAGGGAACUGUACAGAAAUUACAAAUGGUGACCAUGUGAUCAAGAAUGGUCUAGAUGAUGGCCCAUAUUCGACCAUAUUUCCUUGCGUUUCUCAAGCAAUUCGCUGGUUACUAGGAGGGAGAGAUUCUCUCAUAGAAGAAUUUUGCCGAGAGGAUUUGCCAGUACCAGAUUUUAUUAAAAAGGCUUCAAGAGUUCAGGUUCUAGUUGGAGGAAGUUUGCAUCUUGUUGGUACUGUCAUGAAAGUUCUGGGACCAGAAAUUGUGGGAGAUGUUUAAAAUAGAUGGCUAAAAUAGAUGUCAAAAGCAUAUCCACACCCACAGAAUUCUACAGCAAGAGGUCACAGGGAGUUAUUCAGCUAUUGGCAGCAAUUGAAAAUGACUCAAUAAUCAGUGAUUGAAAACUUGCUUUCUAGAAAAUGAUGAUGUUGGUAGUGGUUGAUACCCAAAUCUAAGAAAUUAGCUGACCAAAAUAAGUGUGACAUAGUUAAUGAUAUAACUUUGUGCAUAAUUUUUGAUAAUCCACCUGACUGAACUAAGAAAAUUGGUUGUUAUAUUAUGUAAGGAAAGAUAACGAGGCUACAUUUUUCCAAAUAUUUUAGUGAAAGUGUUGUUCAUUGGUUUGUAUGUAUAGAUAUAUUUAUUUUGGUAACUUACUUCUGACAGUCACGUCUUUGAAAACCUGUUUCUUUGAAUAACUUGCCAUAUUCUAGUGGCACAUGAUUUUGUUGGCUGAGGCUUUAUUAAGAAAAUUCAUUGAAGUUGUUUUAAUCAAUUUGUAACCUAUCUACAAAGUUUAGAUUAUUGCAUAUUAUUUUGUUAUGGGUUGAAC